AUGGACAACCAAAGCACCAUCAACAAUAACGGCAACAAUAAAGUCCAGCAGAAAGUCCGCUCGGCAUGUGAUGCUUGUCAAAGUGCCAAAGUUCGAUGUGGUCGAGAGAAACCCACUUGUCGACGAUGCCAGAAUCAGGGAAAGACUUGCGUAUACAGCCAUGCUCGACCAUUGGGACGGCCACGGAAGUCCGGCAGUGCAUCGUCAACGACGACGAUGACCACUACUACGGUGAACAUGAAUGAUCUACGUGAUGACGCCAUGAUAAUUGCCGGCAGUGUAAAUGGAGACUCGGAAUAUGGGUCUCCCACGAGAUUCAGGUCUAUCUCACGUGUUAAUAACGAUCAUGGCAUGAACAUGAACAUGAACAAUGACUGGCCCGGUAUCCCUCCAUUACCGAGCGCUGGACCAAGAAUUCCAGAUAUCUUGCUAGAUGAUAGCGAUGAGAAUUAUAUGGAUAUGUUCAUGUCUGUCAGGCUACUGGGUAGCUUGUCGGGGCCAUCCACAGUGACUGAUCACCAUCCUCUACCGCCACCAGAAGAAGAGGAUGGACAAGAAGGCUAUCAGAAUCAGCAUCAGCAUCAUAACGACCCCCACAGUUUGAUAGCAGACCCGAGUGCAGCAACAGAAUGGGAUCUAGGAUUCCCGUUUGACCAACACUCAUCUUCGGAAUCAUUAUCUCUUGAACCCAGUAGUGCCGGCGCCCAUCCAGGUGAUAUACCGACGUCAUCAUUGAGUAAAGAUGGAAUGGAUUUCACUCAUACUCGCGGCUCACAGAAGAUCUCUCCGAACCCUCACUCAAUUGAUAGUAGAACAAGCUCUCGCGAUAAGAGCUUCAAUCAUCAUCGAUCCUUAUCUACCCUUGGUUCAAGAACUCCUAAUACUACUACUACCUCUUCUUCCGCCUCGUCUGUUGGUCUAACGGGCAGUAGCACUACCGGCUUUUCUAGGAGGUUCCGAGGGGGCGGGGGAGGAGUGCUGUCAUUAUCCCGUCGACGAACGGAAUGUACCUGCUGUGACUCCAUGCUGCAGAUAUUGGCCGAGCUCGACCGACAUAUCGCUGAUCGAUCAGCAAUCAGUCUCGACUUGAUAAUUAAACUAGAGAAAGAAACCAGAGCCCAGACAGUUGCAAUCCUCCAUUGCGAUUUGUGUUCGCAGACAUUUCGGCCGCGUAUACUUAUACUCUCGGGAUUGGUGCUGGAAGCUGUUGUUGAACUGUUAGAGGAAAUCCUACAUCAACAUCAACUGCUCGGAUAUUCAACAGCGACCACCACGUCCAACACGACUUCCUCUUCAUUAUCCUCAUCUUUAUCCUCGUCAUCGUGGAUUCCUUCAGGUCCAGCCGGCAUGGAGUUGGCUUCACCACCACCAUCAAUCUUCGACAAUAAUAAUACUUCUACUACCACCACUACCAGUAGCAUUUCUACAGCUAACAGACCAGGAAAAACCGUCGACAUUUGUUCCCUCUGGCUAGGAGACUACGAAAUUUCCGGUCCAGAAAAGCAAGAAUUCUUGAAGCAUCUGCUCACUGCUAGACUGCGCGAUAUUGCAGCUACGAUACAUCAACUACAUGAAACGAUGAAUCGCUAUCGCCAUCGACCAGCUUUUAAAGUGGGCACACUGAUGCUCGGUGAAAUUUAUCGACACGUACAAGCUAUAGUUAAGACGUUAGAUCAGUGAUCUCGGGGUAUAUUUUACACCUUUACGAUUCCCAGAAGGGCGAUCGAUGGGCGAGCAUAGCAGGGAAUUCUUCUAGUGGAGUUCACUGCGUUCCAAAAGAGUCGUCGGCUUCGAGGAGAGCAACCUUGUAUCCAUACAUGUGCGAUGGUGGCGAUUUGCAGAGUCAAGCAUGUCGGCAAUGCAUGACGAUCAUUCUGAUGCAAUAGA